UGGGAGGGGAUGCGCGGGGUUGAUCGGUGCUCCGGUACAUUUUGGAAGCCUUUUACAAGCUUAAACGGCUGCCAGUCACCGAUAUUAUAUUUGCGCUAUGGCGAAGUUCCGCUAGCUCGGCUGCCAUGGACGCCCUCGCCGUGGACGGCUCAGAGGGUACCAAGCCGAGGCCCAACAACAGGCUGGCCCGCCGGGCGCGAUCUUUCAAGGAGGACCUGCUGGAGAAACUCAACAACAUGAAGACCCCUCAUGUCAUCCGCUCGCACAGUCCAGCGAAGAGGAGCGGCAAGUCACCGAAGCACCGCCGCCGGGACUUCUCGCCCGACCACCGGGCGUCGCCGAGCCCGGACUUCGGGACCAUCUGCCGAGAGGUGGAGCUGUCGUUGAGGUAUUACCAGGACGUGGUGCAGAAGAGCAUGCUGGAGAUGCUGCCGGGCAGCACGACGGCCGUGCUGGAGACGGUCGUCCACCUGCACAUGAUCCUGAUGAACCGGCUCGGUGGCGAGAGCAGUUCGGCGUCGGCAGCCACAAAGCAGCUAAACCAGGCGCUGGCCGACCUCGUCAGCUGGUCCAACAACGUCAUGCUGUUCGGCCUGACGCCCGGGCAGACGGCCGCCGACGUCGUCAACGGCGUCAGAAACGCCGUGUCGACGCUGCUGCAGCUGGCGGGGGACGGUGCCGGCGACCUGGCGCGCCACAGCCGUACCGUCGACCGGGCGGAGCGGCGCUCGCGCGCGCACGCCGCCGCCGGCUCGCACCGCAACUCUCUGCCGGACCUGAGCGCCGAGAAGCCGGCCAUCGUGCACUGCGGGCCGCACUACUCGCUGAGCAACGACAGCGUGCUGGAGGCGGCCGACACGCCACCGCCCAAGCCACCGCUGCCCGGCCGGCCGGCCUCGCUCUCGGACGCGCCCGAGCCGGCGCCACCGUUGCCGCCCAAGCGGCGCUCCAAGAAGCACGCGCUGCCUCUAGUCACCUCCACGCCGGUCAGCGGACAGCUGGCCAAGCGCGGCAGCUGGGACGGCCAGGCCCAGCGCGGCUCGCAGCACGGCCAGCAGCCGGCCGGCCAGCGGCGAAACAACUCGGUGGGCAGCGGCGCCGGAAAGUCGUGGGUGACCAACAAGUCACCUGACACUCUGUCGCCUGCCUCCAGUGUCGACUCGGUGCUGAACCACUCGCAGGAGGAGUUCGCGCAGUGGAAUAAGCACGGCAGCUACAGCAGUAUCGGCAACUCGUCGGGCAGCUCGACGCGCGACUCGCGCCUCGAGGCUGACUCGACCACCUCCGACUCGUCGUUCUCGACGCUGGGACUCGACCAGUACGGCAACUGGCUGUCUUCGCCCGGUGCCGCCGGCCGCCGGCCCGACAUCAACGCCAUCACGCGGCAGCUGCGCGAACUGAGCGCUGCGCCCGAGCCGGCCGGCCAGCGGCCGGAGAGUGGCUUCGUCUCGCUGCAGAGUCUGCAGUCGGGCGGCGCCGGCGGCGGUCCGGACGACUCGCGGCCACCGCCGCUACCGCUCAAGAAGAAACACGUCCAGUCAUACAUGGAGAUGAUCGGCGACUACUGUCAGCCGUCGCAGGCCGAGUUCCUGCGCCAGUCGGCGCUCGUACACCGCAGCUACGCGGCCCGCUGGUCGCGCAGCGAGUUCUCGGCGGCGCGCAGCUGUACCAUGGCCGAGCACCUGCGCUCCAGCAGCGACGACAGCGGCGACGGCGAGGCGUUCGAGCACACACCGCUGGUGGAGGACCUCUCGCCACCGGCGCUGCCGCCCAAGCGGCGCUCCGGCAGCGUGUCGCGUCAGCUAAGUUCGCCGCCGCCGCCGCCGCCUUCUCUGCCGCCGCCGGCCUUGCCAGAGUCUGCGCUGGACGCGCUGGACGUGCAGACGCUGCUGGUGGUGAAGCAGUCGCACGAGGAGGGGCCCGAGCUGCGCGGCGGACCGAUCGACGCGCUCGUGGCGCACGCCACCAAGGCCAACCGGAACGGUGAGCACUGACACCCUGCCCGGCGCUCACACUUCAUCUACCAGGAGGCGUUCCUCACCACAUACCGCACGUUCCUGACGUCGGAGGCGUUGGUGGAGCGCCUGCUGUACCGGUACGACACGUUCCAGCGGUCGUCCGACCCGGCCCGGCAGCGCGCCGCCAAGAACGCCUUCUCCCUGCUCGUCAGAGUGGUGGACGAUCUGGCACUGUCGGACCUGACGCAGAGCCUGCUGGGCACCUUGAUGGAGUUCGAGGUGGGUUUACUGAAGAACGGCGAUUUGAUGCUGGCCAAGGCGCUGCGCAGCAAGAUUCUGGAGAAGCAUGAGACGAAACGGCGCCACGACAACCCGCCCAAGGAGCUGCCCGGCUUCGAGGAUCAGUCGGCCACGGUACGGCAGCCGACACUGCUCGACUUCAAGUCAGAGCACCUGGCCGAGCAGAUGACGCUGCUCGACUCGAAGCUUUUUGUCAGCAUCGAGAUCCCAGAGGUGCUGAUCUGGGCGCAGGAGCAGAAUGAGGAGAAAUCGCCCAACCUCACCACCUUCACCGAGCACUUCAACAAGAUGAGCUACUGGGCCCGCAGCUUGAUCCUCGACCCACGAGAGGCGGCCAAGGACCGCGAGAAGCUUAUCCUGAAGUUCAUUAAGAUCAUGAAGCACCUGCGCAAGAUGAACAACUUCAACUCGUAUCUGGCCAUCCUGUCGGCGCUGGACAGUGCCCCGGUCCGCCGCCUGGAGUGGCAGAAACAGAUCUCCGAGGCGCUCAAGGAGUACUGCGCGCUGAUCGACUCGAGCAGCAGCUUCCGGGCCUAUCGCCAGGCGCUGGCCGAGGCCACGCCGCCCUGCAUACCGUACAUCGGGCUCAUCUUGCAGGACCUGACGUUCGUCCACAUCGGCAACCCGGAUCUGCUGCCCGACGGCUGUAUCAACUUCGCCAAGCGCUGGCAGCAGUUUAACAUCCUCGACAACAUGAAGCGCUUCAAGAAGGGGCAAUACCAGUUCAAGACGAAUGACAAGAUUUUGAACUUCUUUUCGAACUUUGAUAAAUAUUUCACCGAAGAGAAGAUGUGGGAGAUCUCGGAAUCGAUCAAGCCGCGGGGCCGAGCCAAGAAGUGAGCGGUCCUCCGCCGACCGUGGUGCCUCCGGCGGUCGCUCUUCGCACUCUCAGUGGCCCCCAGCGCCGACAGGGCGGCUACUCAGUGGCCGUCUGGUGCCACUGCGGCGCCGCUGCACGCCCGGCCGCCCCGGCGGAGCGCAGGCCGCGACGGUCGGCCUCCCUAGUCUGCGGCGUCGAUGGCCGCGGCCGUGGCACCGCUCCAGGCCGCCGUCGGCGUCCGGCCCUCGACUCGCGCGACAUUCGGGCCUGCGCGCCGCCCGGAUGCUGUCUGUCGCCCCCUGCCCCUCCCAUCUCGGCCGCCGUUGGCAGGCGCUGUGGCCGGCCUGGUCGGGGCCGAUUAUUUUAUGCCGGCACGUCUAGUCAGCGUCCGGCGUCUGCGUGUCGGCGGCAACCUCUGCUGGGGAUAGGCCGCUCUCCAUCGAUAUUAAUCAACGGUAGAGAUUGCUGGCUGCGAUAGUGGUGCGUUCUUGUUGUCCGCACGCCGGGCUCGCCGCCUCAUUGUUGGGCUGUUCCUUCGUGCAUAAUAAUCAAAUGGUUUAUUUGGAGCGUUGGCUUGUUUUGCAGGUGUACGGUGUCGCUGCACUGAUGUGCCGUGCACUGGUCUCUAGUCAGGUGGGUCCUGGGCGCGCGGUCGACCCCCGUGCUAUGGCCGGCUGGAAGUCGCAAUGUCGUGUUGAUGGCCCGCGCGUUCCGAGUGGGUGUACCCGCUUCGUGUACUGCUAUUGGGUACGCCGGCGCGCGCGCGCGCGCGUGGGUAUGCGUGCUGCGCGGCAGUGAAGUGGCCGUAUGCGGGCGCCCGUCGCCCGGCGUGACUGCUUACGUGAGAGCGUUAUUGCCUCACGUGGUGCGCACGUGUCGACGGAAGUGUCUUGUUUCCAUGCGACGCAUUGUUUUGUAUAUAAGCCCCGUUCAUCGUGAGAGUGAGCUUUUAUAAUACAUUCAACCUAGCAGCG